AUGGGCUCCACCUCUCCCGACUUCCGCAGCUUCGCUCGGCGGUACCUCCACCUGCCAACUUAUUUCCCAAGUACGGUGGGAAACAUGCAACUCCGUGUCGGCCAAUGCGGGUGCAUCACACCACGAUGGCUGGGCCGUACCGCGCUAUCCGCUCAACCCCUUCUGGCACAUCACGAGAUAUGGCUCGCUCAACAAAUGGGCGCGGACCAGCCGGCUACAUACAACGGCCCCUGGGACAGCUGCAGUACACGAAAGGACGACGCCCCGGCACCAGGUCACCGGUUCUGGUGGAUUGAUGCUAUCCUACAAGGCCGCACCGACCAAUGGUGGAGGACACUCGCAAAUAAAAUCACAACCGCGGCUGCAAUGGCAGGCCCGUAUGCGUACUGGUGUAUUUGCUACAAACACUCCACCGGUCACCGCACACUGGACGCAUUAGGGGCUACGUGGAACCUGCACAUCCCGGCGGGACAACUACGAAUGCGCCACCACACCUCAAUUACGUACUUCUCGCCGCCGAGGUUUGCUGGGCUGACACAUACGAACAAGGUGGACAUCCUCCUGGGGUACAUUGUAUCACCGGACACUAACACCAGCACGCUACCGACACACUGGGCCCAAGCGCUUCAGCACUGGGGCCAAAUGACGUGGCUCAUGAAUCCGCCGCGCAGCACUCCUCCCAGCCCCCCCACCGGCUUACAGCCUUGCACUCCGCUGGGAUGCCGAUACCGACGGCAACCCAGAAGACCUGACGUGCCACGAUGUGCACAGCUGGCUGCGAGCCAGUUUUCCCCUUAUCUAUCGGGCACCGGCUGCAUGGCAACGACUAUGACUCACAACACCCAACAAUGGGCCACCGCACUCUCCCAACCACGCCUCGGCAAAGACUUUCACCGCCGAUGGUUCACUACCCAUUGGACUACACUACCUGCGUACUGGACCCAGACAUGCCACGAACAAUACCUAGCUACCGCACAGGACGGGGAUACACUAGCACAAGCGGACAACACCGGCAUCAAACAGCGCCGCCGGGCUCACGACGACACCCCGGUCGCCUU